AUGGAGGCCGUCAGAGAGGCCAUGCAGUGGCUGGCAGUCAAAUUGGAAGGCCUGCUGGCCGCUACGGAGCCUCAGGAUCAGGCGCGGCUCGCGGCGCUGUCGGUGGUCGCGCUCGCCGGCGCGGUGCUGCUGACCAACGCCGUCCUCAGCGUGCUUCGCUUCGCGCGCCGCGAGCUCAUGCUGCGCCCAAUCGCCUCGGCGCCCGGCGGCAAUCCCCUGCUCGGCCACGCGCUCGUGCUGCUCAACGCGCCGAAGCGCGGCAAGGGCGCGUGGGACGUGAUUGAGGAGUGGGCGGCGGUCAAGGGCAACGUCUGCCGCUUCCGCAUCCUCGGCACGCACUCGGUCGUCAUCGCUGACCCCGGCGCCCUCAAGCGCGUGUUCCAGACCAAGUUCAAAUCGUACAGCAAAGACCUGCGGCUCUCGUACCACCCCUUUCUGCCGAUCCUCGGCACCGGCCUCGUCACCGCCGACGGCGACCUCUGGCAGAAGCAGCGGCUGCUGAUGGCGCCCGCGCUGCGGGUGGACAUCCUGGAUGACAUAAUCCCAAUCGCGAAGCGCGCGGUGGACCGGCUGAGCGAGAAGCUGCGGGGGUUCAAGGGUACGGGGCGCGAGGUGCACCUGGAGGAGGAGUUCCGGCUGCUGACGCUGCAGGUCAUCGGCGAGGCGAUCCUGUCGCUGCCCCCGGAGGAGUGCGACCGCGUGUUCCCGCAGCUGUACCUCCCCGUCAUGGAGGAGGCCAACCGCCGCGUGCUGCUGCCGCACCGCAAGUAUUUGCCCACCCCAGACUGGUUCAGGUUCCGCAGCAACAUCACGGCGCUGAACGCGUACUUGGUGGGGCUCAUCCGGGAGCGGUGGCAGGCGCGGCUGGCGGGGCAGCGGCCGGCGCGCGACAUUCUGGACAGAAUCCUCGCAGCGCUGGAGGCGUCUGGCACUAAGUGGGAUGCGGCCAUCGAGACUCAGCUGUGCUACGAGAUCAAGACCUUCCUGCUGGCCGGCCACGAGACCAGCGCGGCCAUGCUGAUGUGGAGUGUCUUUGAGCUGUCGCAGAACGAGGCGGCGCGGCGUCAGGUCGUGGAGGAUGCUGAGCGCGCAUUUGGCAAGGCCAACGCCACCCCCUCGCGCCGUGCGGCGGACGAGAUGGCCUACACCCUGUCAGUGCUCAAGGAGGCCCUCCGCAAGUACUCUGUCGUGCCGGUGGUGACGCGGGAGCUGCUGGAGGACGACACCCUGGCGGGAUACAGGAUCCCCGCGGGCACCAUGAUCACGUGCCAGCUGCAGGGCGUCCACAACCAGUGGCGCGACCCCACCGUCUUCCGCCCCGAGCGCUUCAUGCCUGGCGGGGAGUACGACGAGUUCGACGAGUCGAUCCGGCCCUACAUGUUCCUGCCCUUCAUCCAGGGGCCCCGCAACUGCCUGGGGCAGCACCUGGCGCUGCUGGAGGUGCGGGGUGGGGGCUGA